AUGCUCUAUAGUAAGCCUAUAGACCUCCCUGAGCAAUCACUAUGUUCAAAUUAACCUGGUCCUUUGGUACUGGGCUUCCAAUGUUAUUGCCUUAAAAACCCAAUUCAAAGCCCAGUUAUGCACAGUUCUUAGGUAUAGUAUCUGCACUGGAUACAGUAUAUGGCAGGGGUAGGCAACUAGAUUCAGCCGCAGGCCGAUUUUUGUCGGAGCGGAAGGUCAGGAAGGCCGGAACAUAUUUAUAAUCAUUUGUACACUGCAAAUUGACCACAACUAAGCCGAAAAACAGAUUGUAUUUGAAAAAUAAUUUUUGAUUACAUUGAGACACGAUCCUGGUCAUUUUACAUUCUUUUUUGACCGAAAACAAAACAUAUAUUUUUACUACAAACUUUGGGGGACCAAAGAAAAAUACUUGCGGUACGGUUUUGGCCCACCUGUUGCCGACCCCUGGUUUAGGGCUUUUCAAACCUCUGAGCCGAACCGAGUUGAGCUAAACCAAGCUGUACUGAGCUGGCCUGUUUAUGCAUCCACCAUAGUUGCUGUAACCGUGGUGAAAACAACAGCAUGAAAAGAAAAUAGAGCGAGCACAGUUUGGGUCAGUUCGGCAUAAUAGUACAGUGCAUUCGGAAAGUAUUCAGACCCCUUGACUUUUUCAACAUUUUGUUAAGUUACAGCCUUAAAUUGUUUUUUCCCCCUCAUCAAUCUACACACAAUACCCCAUAAUGACAAAGAAAAAACAGUUUUUUAAAUUAAAAAUUAAAAACAUUUACAUAAGUAUUCAGACCCUUUACUCAGGACAUUGUUGAUGCACCUUUGGCAGCGAUUACAGCCUCGAGUCUUCUUGGGUAUGACGCUACAAGCUUGGCACACCUGUUUCUGUAAUAUUUUAUGUACACGCUGCUAUUUCCCUGUUUUGCCUUCUUGCCAGGUCGCCCUCGCAAAAUAGGUUUUUAACCUCAAUGGGUCUUACCUGGUUAAAUAAAGGUUAAAUUAAAAUAAAAUAAAAAAAUUGUGAGUUUCUCCCAUUCUUCUCUGCAGAUCCUCUCAAGCUCUGUCAGGUUGGAUGGGGAGCGUCGCUGCACAGCUAUUUUCAGGUCUCUCCAGAGAUGUUCGAUCGGGUUCAAGUCCGGGCUCUGGCUGGGCCACUCAAGGACAUUCAGAGACUUGUCCCAAAAUCACUCCUGCGUUGUCUUGGCUGUGUGCUUAGGGUCGUUGUCCUGUUGGAAGGUGAACCUUCGCCCCAGUCUGAGGUCCUGAGCACUCUGGAGCAGGUUUUCAUCAAGGAUCUCUCUGUACUUUGCUCUGUUCAUCUUUCCCUCAAUCCUGACUAGUUUCCAUGCCGCUGAAAAACAUCCCCACAGCAUGAUACUGCCACCACCAUGCUUCACCGUAGGGAUGGUGCCAGGUUUCCUCCAGACGUGACGCUUGGCAUUCAGGCUAAAGAAUUCAACUUUGGUUUCAUCAGACCAGAGAAUCUUGUUUCUCAUGGUCAGAGAGUCCUUUAGGUGCAUUUUGGCAAACUCCAAGCGGGCUGUCGUGUUCCUUUUACUGCUUCGUCAUUAUGGGGUAUUGUGUGUAGAUUGAUGAGGAUUUUUAUUUAUUUAAUCCAUUUUAGAAUAAGGCUGUAAUGUAACAAAAUGUUGUUGUACUUUUACCCCCAAUUGGUAGUUACAGUCUUGUCCCAUCACUGCAACUCCCCUACGGACUCGGGAGAGGCGAAGGUCAAGAGCCAUGCGUCCUCUGAAACGCGACUCUGCCAAACCGCAUUGCUUCUUGACACACUGCUCGCUUAACCCGGAAGCCAGCCACACCAUUGUGUCGGAGGAAACACCGUUCUGCUGGCGACCGAAGUCAGCUUGCAGGCGCCCGGCCCGCCACAAGAGUGCGAUGGGACAAGGAAAUCCCGGCCGGCCAAACACUCCCCUAACCCGGACGACGCUGGGCCAAUUGUGCGCCACCUCAUGGGUCUCCCGGUCACGGCCGGCUGUGACACAGCGUGGGAUCGAACCCGGGUCUGUAGUGAUGCCUCAAGGACUGCGAUGCAGUGCCUUAGCACCGCUGCGCCACUCGGGAGGCGGUAUAUAUAUAUUUUAUUAACCAAAUGACAAGAGCUACCCAAUACAACUAAUUAUUCACGUGACUUAAUGAUUGCAGUGAUAAGAGCACAUUUCCUUGGAGAUGACAGUCAGACAGAAGUUAUGCCAGGCCGAAAGACACGUCUUGCUGGCUGCCAGUGCACCGGGCCUCCCGCCUAGUUGCAGCGAGGGCGCUGUGGUUAGCUAGCUGUCUGCGCUCAUUCAGUAAUGAUCUGCCUUGUCUCUUUGUGUGUGAGGGGCUGAGACUGCUGGGAGAAGGACACAGGGAAAGCCGCUGUCAUGGAUGAUAUUAUAGCUCAGUAGCAUCAUCAUCCAUGUGUUUUGCUUGGUUGAUUAUUUCAUUCCUUAACCUCAGGAGGAGGAGGGGGAGGACAUCAGAUUACAUAAAAUCAAAUGCAUUUGUCAAAAGUUCUCAACAGUAACCCAACCCUUAAAAGGUCCAAUGAAGCUGUUUUUAUCUCAAUAUCAAAUAAUUUAUGGGUAACAAUUAAGUACCUUACUGCGAUUGCUUUCAAUUAAAAUGGUCAAAAAGGAACAAAAAUAGCUUCUUAGCAAGAGCAAUUUCUCAAGCAAGAAUUUUGCUAGGACUGUCUGGGAGUGGGGAGGGGAAAAUUGACAACUAGCUAUUGUUGGCAGAGAGGUUUGGAACACUCUUUCUUAUUUCAAUAUCAAAUCACUUCUGGGUAACAAAUAUGUACCUUACAGUGACUGGGGUCAUACUUGCGAACAUAAGCAAGCAUUUAAAGUGAAAUGGGUUCAUACGCAUAAAAUACGUAUCAGCCAAAGAAAAGUGUCUAUUUACUUGCAUGUGACUGAACUCUAAAUUGUAGCUCUUCCCAUGCGAUAACAUGGUACAACUUAGCCCUAUUCUAACUUCAACAGGUGGCACUGAUUAUAUCCUGGCACAAGUGUGUCAGCCAAUUAAAGUCAUUGAAGUAGUUGGACGUGUUCCAACACUUGUUCAUCGAGUCCAACAGCAUGUUCUGAUCAUCAAAGAAACCAUCAUGUGUAUUUGACUGACUGGUCAAAAUGAUCUCUGUUUAAAGUGAUUAGUACACGUAAUGGUCGCAUAUUGUGGAAGGGUUUGAAUCUCACACGAGUCCCCCCCUUUGAAAUGAUUUACAUGUAUUCUGUUAGUGUCUUGUGUUGAAAAUGGAUGCCAACAAAUGAAGAUUAUGAAUGAAUUUAAUAAGGAGAUACCUCUUUCUUCAACCUUGCACACAAACAUACUGCUAUUGCCUAAUAAUCAUAUUGCAUAGGCUAUAUUACAUAGAAGUGUACAACACAGGAGGUGGGUAGGACGGGCUCGUGGUAAUGGCUGGAGCGGAAUGAGUGGUAUCAAACACAUGGUUUCUACACUGAACAAAAAUAUAAACGCAACAUGUAAAGGGUUGGUCCCAUGUUUCAUGAGCUGAAAUAAAACAAAUCCCAUGUUAUUUCUCACAAAAAGCUUAUUUCUCUCAAAUGUUUGUUUACAUCCCUGUUACUGAGCAUUUUUCCUUUGCCAAGAUAAUCCAUCCACCUGACAGGUGUAGCAUAUCAAGAAGCUGAUUAAACAGCAUGAUCAUUACACAGGUACACCUUGUGCUGGGGACAAUAAAAGGCCAUUUAAAAAAGUGCAGUUUUGUCACACAACACAAUGCCACGGAUGUCUCAAAUUUUGAGGGAGCGUGCAUUUGGCAUGCUGACUCAGGAAUAUCCACCAGAGCUGUUGCCAGAGAAUUAAAUAUGAAUUUCUCUACCAUAAGCUGCCUCCAACGUUGUUUUAGAGAAUUUGGCAGUACGUCCAACUGGCCUCUCAAGCACAGACCACGUGUAACCACGCCAGCCCAGGACCUCCACAUCCGGCUUCUUCACCUGCAGGAUUGUCUGAGGGAGGGUUGCUGAGGAGUAUUUCUGUCUGUAAUAAAGCCAUUUUGUGGGGGAAAACUCAUUCUGAUUGGCUGGGCCUGGCUCCCCAGUGGGUGGGGCUGGCUGCCAAGUGGGUGGGCCUAUGACCUCCAAGGCCCACCCAUUGCUGCACCCCUGUAUAGUCCUGUGAAAUCCAUAGAUUAGGGCCUAAUUUAUUUAUUUCAAUUGACUGAUUUCCUUAUAUAAACUGUAACUCAUAAAAAUCUUUGAAAUUGUUGCGUUUAUAUUUUUGUUCAGUGUAUGUGUUUGAUGCCAUUCCAUUAGCGCCGUUCCAGACAUUAUUAUGAGCUGUCCUCCCCUCAGCAGCCUCCACUGGUGUACACCUAAAUGUAGAGCUACAACAUUUUAUAGGCUAUGCAUUAUUAUAAUCAUCCACUUCGUCAUAUGUGUUUUAAAUCGAGCAUCAAGAACCGGCAGUGAACAGUUUUUUCCUCCACAAAAAAGCUUGCUGCGAGGGGGACUCGAACCCACGGUGAAAGUGCAUUAUCGAUUGCGAGUCAUCCGCUUUAGCAGUGUGUGCCACCGAGAAGCAAGGAUGCCAAUGAUCGCCUACAUGACUGCUAUUUGACAAAUCCAUAAGGUUCUUUUUUUUUUUUUUUUUUUUUUUUUACAAUAUACAAUAAACGUACAUGUUUUAUAUAUUUUUCCCCAUAAAAGCAUAUGGAUGUGUGUGAAACAGAUAAACAAAAAAUAUGGGAUUGACCUCUUUUAAGAAAUGCCAUUGGUUGGCAGAUAUAAAGUCUAAGAUCUUUUAUAGGCUGAUGAAGAAGUUGUGUCAGGAUAUAAUCAGUACUAUCUGUUGAGGUUAGCAUAGGGCUAAUAUGUGCCAUGUUAUCUGAUGAGACCAGCUACAAUUUAGCGUUCUGUCACAUGCAAGUUUAAUCGACGCUUUUCAUUGCCUGAUACGCAUUUUGUGUAUGAGAGCCCAUUGAAUUUUAAAUGCUUGCUAAUGUUCGCAAGUAUGGCCCCAGUAUUUUCAUAUAAAAAAGAAACAAAAAAUUGCUUCUUAGCAAGAGCAAUUUCUCAAGCAAGAAUUUUGCUAGGACUGUCUGGGAGUGGUCUGAGUGGGGAGGAGAAAACUCAAAACUAACUGUUAUUGGCAUAGAGGUUUGGAACUCUUUCUUAUUGGUCUAUCAACUAAUUUCCCGACUGAUGAUGUCACCAGGCAGGCCAAAACUCCAUCCCAACAAAACAGCCUGAAAUUUCAGGUGGUCUUUUCAAACAGCACAUUAAAGGGCGUUAUCAUAAAUGUCACAAUUUCACAGUAUUGUUCCAACCGCAUAGUGUGGAAAUAUAUCUAAAACACAGAAAAAAUUAUGUUUUUGACUGCACUAGGCCUUUAAGCCACAAAUAGGAACCAGAAGCAACAAUGGCAAGGAAUAGACAAGUACAGGCCUAGACAUUGAGGUCUGACUCAGCCAUCUUCCUUGUACAAGAGUGCAAUUGAAUAGAGGGACCCUGUACUAUUGUAAAAGGUGGUAGAAAAAUGGAAAGAGGAAAAGCCAGAUAGAGAGGGGGAGAGGAAGCCAGAGCAGCAAUGCAGAAACCAGUGUAGGACAGCUCAAAUGGUUGACAUAACCAUUUAGUAACGAUGCCCCCGACGGCUGGAGACAGACAGACUUCAACAGGAUGUUGCACUGUGACGCCUUUAUACAGAAUCUGAGAGUCAAGUAGAGGUGACUGAGAAAGGGAUAAGACUCAAGCAAUCAUAUGACGAACAACCGAUCUAGUCGAUGCUGAUCUUAGUUUUUUGAUCCAUCAAUUCAAUGCCAAGUAAUUCAGGACAGUGGAAAUUUAGAAAUGUGCUCAAAAGGUUGAUGCCAAAAUAUACUGAUUGACUUGAAUGUCAUAUUGAAUGCCUUGGCUAUCAUUGUGCCUUGACUCUCGAUUCCUCUGCUUCUAGAAAACCAUCUAAUCUUGGAUGCCUUCGCGCAGCAGUGUAGCCGUGUACUCACUCUCCUCAACAGUGGCCGGUUUGUGGAGCCCCAUGAUCCUCCGCCCUUCUCCCUCACCUCCCACAUCAAGCAGGAGGAAAGCUGCCUCUCUGGGUGUGGGGGGGGUCAAGUGGGUCACUGCCCCACCCUGGGCAAGCCACGGCCCAAGGAGAGCUCCACCGUCGAUCCUGAUGAGGAAGCCCAGCGCAGCCACUGGAGCCAAAAACAAACAUACGCCUUCCUGCACAUCUUCACAAAGUCCCUCCAGAACUACCUGCUCACCGGGCCCCAGCAGCCCUACCCGGACCUGAGCCUCAAGGGAGAGCGAGGCCCACCGGCCGAGUCUGGGGUGUCGCCCGGCCAUAACCUGGGGGGCUGGAGCUCCCCAGCCCCUUCAGAGUCGUAUGGCCAACCCUCGUCCACCCUGCCAGAGGAGGAAGAGGAGAGCUGCUGCCCUCGCUGUGUGGAGCUGGAGCAGGAGGUGCUGUGUCUGCAGCAGGAGAACGAAGAGCUGCGGAACAAGAUGGACCACAUACCAGGUACAGUGCAGGGCUUUCGGGAUAGUAGAGCACAGUAAUGGCAAUUUCUACAGUUUAUGCAGAUUCGUGUGAGAUGGUGACUCGGUAUGUGGAUACGAAAGAAGGCCACGUCAAUCUUAACUUAAGUGAGACAAUGUGCUCACUUUGCUGCCCAAGAAAAAACAGCGUGAACUCAAUGGAUUUGGGUUUUUACACUGUGACUCAACAUACAUGUGGCUAAUAAUUACACAAUAAUGACACAGCACCAACACAAUGUGGUGUAGUACAUUACUUUUCAUGCCAAGAUUUAUAAAUCACAUUGUUGCUGUGAAUUUUGUCAUACGCACAAUUGACAAUGAAAUAGCUUUGAUUGGUUUUAUAAAUGAAGUCCCUGAUCUCCUUCCAGCUCCCUGCCAGAAUGUGCUGGACUUCUUCAAGACUGUUCUCCAGCACCAUAACCAGUUUAUACAGCCAACGCCAGAGGAACAACUAACAAAGGUAAGCAAGCAGUUUGUCUCAAAACACAGUCGUCUUUAUAAAAAUUAAAUACUGUUGGUCUGUUCCAGUUCUGUCAGAUACUGUAUGUUUCAGUAGUCAUAAUGUGUAUAUUAUAGAUGUUAAAUGACAAAUGCAAAAUAAGACACCAGGUGAACUUCUAUAUCUAAAUAGCGCUCUCUCUCUCUAUAGGAAGAAGAACGGAAAACAUAUGAGGUUUGUGUUUUCAAGAUGUGUUUUAUGUAACUUAAUGACCCCUCACUUUUUUACAUUUCUGAGCUAUAGUUCGAAUCAGAGUUCGGUUAUUUGUUACAUUGUAUUUUUUUCAUUUGGGCUGGUUGGUUUCACAUUGCCAAAUGUCAAACUAACUAAAAUGCCUAAACAAAACCACGUGUCCAUGCAAGUCCUUUGUUUAUUGGAGAAAAAUGCUCACAUUAAAUCCAUCUAUGAUUAUCAAGAAGCAUAACUUGUCACAAACUUCAUAUUACUUUUGCUUUGGUCUUCCAACAUGCAUGAGGAAACAGCGCAAUAGCCGCUCUGAGACAUGAAUAAGCUAUUGUCAGUAGCCUAUAUCCCCGGUAUAGCUCCCUAAUCUGCAUCAUAUGCACUGCUACUCAAUGUUUCAGAGAAAGUUAUGGUACAGCGUGCAUUUCAUAAAAUGCUUGCAGUCAAACCACCAAUACUGCGCGUCUCUGGUUAUUUUCCUGUGUUUGGUCCGGACUGCAUUCUCACCUGCAGUGAACCGCACCACGGAAUGGAAUCAGACCAACACCACCCUUUUUAGCAAACCAUGGUGCAUUGUUCAGUGCGCUCCCGGGUGCCGAUAGUGUUCACACCAGUCCAAACUAAGGGGGGGAAACACAGAGUUCAGAAAAACCGCACAAAACCAAUUUGGUGUGAAACCGCCCUUAGUUUUUGUCUUUAUAGAAUUGGCCUUAAUCAGCAUGAGAAUUAUGAAAAAUAUUUUUCUAUGGAGCUGAUAGUUUUGCUUCUCGUUGUAAACAUAAGAGUACAUUAAUUUAUCAUUUGCAUGAUAUAUUGUUUUUGACAUUACAGAAAUCCGGUGACUGGUUUUGAUUGGGCUGCUCCCAUACUGCCACAGGCUUUAGGGUUAGGGAGAAACAAAACCCUGCUGAAGAAAAGGACUAGGACAGACUAAGCUAGGUUCAGGACUGUUGUUACCACCAUGGAGCGUCAGUCAGAAUGCAAAUGAGGAGAUGGCGCAGGAAUCCAGGUUUAGGGGUAACGCACACACACAGGGGGGAGGGUUUGGAAUGGUGAUUUUGUAGGGCUUUUAAGGCCGGUGGCAAGGAUACAAAGGAUGUCUUAGGAGUUGUGGCUUGUAAGGCCUUGGAGAUAGGAUGUGGAUUACAAGGAUGUGGUAGUCUGGAAGGGAGAUACAAAAAUAGAAACAUUAGGAACACAACAUAGAAAGGUACAGACAUGACAAACUAGUGCCAGGUGACUAUGGGGAAUAGGCUUAACAAUAUAAACGCAACAUGCAAAGUGUUGGUCCCAUUUUCCAUACGCACAAAAUAAUUAUUUCUCAAAUUGUGUGCAACAAAUUUGUUUAUAUUCCUGUUAGUGAGCAUUUCUCCUUUGCCAAGAUUAUCCAUCCACCUGACAGGUGUGGCAUAUCAAGAAGCUGAUUAAACAGCAUUAUCACUACAUAUGUGCACCUUGUGCUGGGGGACAAUAAAAGGCCACUCUAAAAUGUGCAGUUGUGUAACACAACACAAUGACACAGAUGUCUCAAGUGGAGGGAGCGUGCAAUUGGCAUGCUGACUGCAGAGAAUUUGGCAGUACAUCCAACCGGCCUCACAACUGCAGACCACGUGUAAACCACGCCAGCCCAGGACCUCCACAUCCAGCUUCUUCACCUGCGAUCAGCCACCCGUACAGCUGAUGAAACUGUGGGUUUGCAAAACCCAAGAAUUUCUGCACAAACUGUUAGAAACCAUCUCAGGGAAGGUCAGCUGUGUGCUCGUCGUCCUCACCAGGGUCUUGACCUGACUGCAGUUCAGCGUCGUAACCGACUUCAGUGGGCAUGAAUGCUCACCUUCGAUGGCCACUGGAGAAGUGUGUUCUUCACGAAUUAAUCCCAGUUUCAACUGUACUGGGCAGAUGGCAGACAGCGUGUAUGGCGUCUUGUGGGCAAGCGGUUUGCUGAUGUCAACGUUGUGGCGGUGGGGUUAUGGUAUGGGCAGGCAUAAACUACGGACAAAAUUGCAUUUUAUCGAUGGCAAUUUGAACGCAGAGAUAACGUGACAAGAUCCUGAGACCCAUUGUCGUGCCAUUCAUCUGCCGCCAUCACCUCAUGUUUCAGCAUGAUAAUGCAUGGCCCCAUGUCGCAAGGAUCUGUACACAAUUCCUGGAAGCUGAAAAUGUCCCAGUUUUUCCAUGGCCUGCAUACUAGCCAGGAAAGAAUACCAAAAAAAUAAAAGAAGAAGAAGAAGAAGAAGAAGAAGAAGAAGAAGAAGAAGAAGAAGAAGAAGAAGAAAUUAAAGAGCAGCAGUAAAAUAACAAUAACGAGGCUAUAUACAGGGGGUACCAGGACAGAGUCAAUGUGCAUGGGCACCGGUUAGACGAGGUAAUUGAGGUAAUAUGUACAUGUAGGUAGAGUUAUUAAAGUGACUAUGCAUAGAUAAUAAACAGAGAGUAACAGCAGUGUAAAAGAGGGGGCAAUGCAAAUAGUCUGGGUACUGGAUUAGAUGUUCAGGAGUCUUAUGGCUUGGGGGUAGAAGCUGUUUAGAAGCCUCUUGGACCUAGACUUGGCGCUCCAGUACCGCUUGCUGUGCGGUAGCAGAGAGAACAGUCUAUGACUAGGGUGGCUGGAGUCUUUGACAAUUUUUAGGGACUUCCUCUGACACCACCUGGUAAAGAGGUCCUGGAUGGCAGGAAGCUUGGCCCCAGUGAUGUACUGGACCUGGACCGUACGCACUACCCUCUGUAGUGCCUUGCGGUCGGUGGCUGAGCAGUUGCCAUACCAGGCAGUGAUGAAACCAGUCAGAAUGUUCUCGAUGGUGCAGCUGUAGAACCUUUUGAGGAUCUGAGGACCCAUGCCAAAUUUUUUCAGUCUCCUUAGGGGGAAUAGGUUUUGUCGUGCCCUCUUCAGGACUGUCUUGGUAUGCUUGGACCAUGUUAGUUUGUUGGUGAUGUGGACACCAAGGAACUUGAAGCUCUCAGCCUGCUCCACUACAGCCCUGUCGAUGAGAAUGGGGGCGUGCUCGGUCCUUUUAUUUUUCCUGUAGUCCAAAAUCAUCUCCUUUGUCUUGAUCACGUUGAGGGAGAGGUUGUUGUCCUGGCACCACACGGCCAGGUCUCUGACCUCCUCCCUAUAGGCUGUCGUUGUCGGUGAUCAGGCCUACCACUGUUGUGUCAUCGGCAAACAUAAUGAUGUUGUUGGAGUCGUACCUGGCCAUGCAGUCAUGAGUGAACAGGGAGUACAGGAGGGGACUGAGCACGCACCCCUGAGGGGCCCCUGUGUUGAGGAUCAGCGUGGCGGAUGUGUUGUUACCUACCCUUACCACCUGGGGGCAGCCUGUCAGGAAGUCCAGGAUCCAGUUGCAGAGGGAGGUGUUUAGUCCCAGGGUCCUUAGCUUAGUAAUGAGCUUUGAGGGCACUAUGGUGUUGAACGCUGAGCUGUAGUCAAUUAAUAGCAUUCUCACAUAGGUGUUCCUUUUGUCCAGGUCUGAAAGCGCAGUGUGGAGCGCAAUAGAGAUUGCAUCAUCUGUGGAUCUGUUGGGGUGGUAUGCAAAUUGGAGUGGGUCUAUGGUUUCUGGGAUAAUGGUGUUGAUGUGAGCCAUAACCAGCCUUUCAAAGCACUUCAUGGCUACAGACAUCAGUGCUACGGGUCGGUAGUCAUUUAGGCAGGUUAUCUUAGAGUCAGCAUGGCUACCACAGCAUUCUGCAGCGAUACGCCAUCCCAUCUGGUUUGGGCUUAGUGGGACUAUCAUUUGUUUUUCAACUGGACAAUGACCCAACACACCGCCAGGCUGUGUAAGGGCUAUUUUACCAAGAAGGAGAGUGAUGGAGUGCUGCAUCAGAUGACUUGGCCUCCACAAUCCCCCAACCUCAACCCAAUUGAGAUGGUUUGGGAUGAGUCGGACAGGAGAGUGAAGGAAAAGCAGCCAACAAGUGCUCAGCAUAUGUGGGAACUCCUUCAAGACUGUUGGAAAAGCAUUCCAGGUGAAGCUGGUUGAGAGAAUGCCAAGAGUGUGCAAAGCUGUCAUCAAGGCAAAGGGUGGCUAUUUGAAGAAUCUCAAAUAUAAAAUAUAUUUUGGUUUGUUUAACACUUUUUUGGUUACGACAUGAUUCCAUAUGUGUUAUUUCAUAGUUUCGAUGUCUUCACUAUUAUUCUACAAUGUUAAAAAUUGUAAAAAAUAAAUUAAAACACUUGAAUGAGUAGGUGUAUCCAAACUUUUGACUGGUACCAAUAGUAAAUAAAGCACUCAAACCACAGCAUUUCAUAGUCAACAUAAAAUACACAGGCUAUACAUUGUGGGUCUAUAUAAAAGCCAGUGGAGGCUGGUGACGGGAGGAUUGUUCAUAAUAAUGACUCGAAUGGAGUGGCUUUUUUAUAUAAAUAUAUAUAAAGCUACAAUAUACAAUUGACUGUGACAUGCUGUGGCUUUCGAGUGUCUUAUUUACUAUUGGUACACAUAUAUAAUUAUAGUGAUUGUGUACCACAUACUCUAUAUACAGUAGCUUGUGAAAGUAUUCACCCCCCUUGGCAUUUUUCUAUUUUGUUGCCUUACAACCUGGAAUUAAAAUGGAUUUUUGGGGGGUUUGUAUCAUUUGAUUUACACAACAUGACAACCACUUUAAGAUGCUAAAUAUAUUUUUUUUGUGAAGCUACCAAGAAAUAAGACAAAAAAAAACAGAAAACUUAGCAUAACUAUUCAUCCCCUCAAAGUCAAUACUUUGUAGAGCCACCUUUUGCAGCAAUUACAGCUGCAAGUCUCUUGGGGUAUGUCUCUAUAAACUUGGCACAUCUAGCCACUGGGAUUUUUACCCAUUCUUCAAGGCAAAUCUGCUCCAGCUCCUUCAAGUUGGAUGGGUUCCGCUGGUGUACAGCAAUCUUUAAGUCAUACCACAGAUUCUCAAUUUGAUUAGGCCAUUCCAAGACAUUUAAAUGUUUCCCCUUGAACCACUCGAGUGUUACUUUAGCAGUAUGCUUAGGGUCAUUGUCCUGCUGGAAGGUGAACCUCUAUCUCAGUCUCAAAUCUCUGGAAGACUGAAACAGGUUUCCCUCAAUAAUUUCCCUGUAUUUAGCGCCAUCCAUCAUUCCUUCAAUUCUGACCGGUUUCCCAGUCCCUGCCGGUGUAAAACAUCCCCACAGCAUGAUGCUGCCACCACCAUGCUUCACUGUGGGGAUGGUGUUCUCGGGUGAUGAGAGGUGUUGGGUUUGCGCCAGACAUAGCGUUUUCCUUGAUGGCUAAAAAGCUCAAUUUUUGUCUCAUCUGACCAGAGUACCUUCCUCCAUAUGUUUGGGGAGUCUCCCACAUGGCUUUUGGCGAACACCAAACGUGUUUGCUUAUAUAUAUUUUUUUAUGAAUGGCUUUUUUCUGCCCACUCUGCUGUGGAGUGUACGGCUUAAAGUGGUCCUAUGGACAGAUACUCCAAUCUCCGCUGUGGAGCUUUGCAGCUCCUUCAGGGUUAUCUUUGGUCUCUUUGUUGCCUCUGAUACCCUCCUUGCCUGGUCUGUGAGUUUUGGUGGGCGGCCCUCUCUUGGCAGGUUUGUUGUGGUGCCAUUUUCUUUCCAUUUUUUUAUAAUGGAUUUAAUGGUGCUCCGUGGGAUGUUCAAAGUUUCUGAUAUUUUUUUAUAACCCAAUCCUGAUCUGUACUUCUCCAAAACUUUGUCCCUGACCUGUUUGGAGAGCUCCUUGGUCUUCAUGGUGCCGCUUGCUUGGUGGUGUCCCUUGCUUAGUGGUGUUGCAGACUUCUGAAGGUAAUUGGUUGCACCAGAUCUUAUUUAGGGGCUUCAUAGCAAAGGGGGUGAAUAGAUAUGCACGCACCACUUUUCCGUUAUUUAUUCUUUCGAAUUUUUUGAAACAAGUUAUUUUUUUCAUUCCACUUCACCAAUUUGGACUAUUUUGUGUAUGUCCAUUACAUGAAAACAAAAUAAAAAUUCAUUUAAAUUACAGGUUGUAAUGCAACAAAAUAGAAAAAACACCAAGGGGGAUGAAUACUUUUGCAAGGCACUGUAUGUUUAUAGAUAUGUUGUUUAUUUGAUGUAUUGAUGCAGGGCUCAUCCGUAAAAGUAUUGAUGCAGGGCUCACCCCCUGCUAAAAUAAAAUAAUAGUAAACUUGAGUUCUAACUGAAUGUUCUUUUUUAAAUCUUCAAUAAUUCCAAUGACUCAGAUGACCUUAGGGAACCAUCACAUUCAAGUUGUCCAUCCCCCACUCAUUCAAAUGUAGAAAAGUGGUGCUGCGGUCUCUGGCUCCACACCUAGCCCGCCCGGCCAUCUAGAGGUGUGAAUGUCCACAUUCCAGCUGCUGUAAAGGAUUACAACAAGAGCAUCGGAGGUGUAGACCUGUCAGAUGCGCUGAUAGGCUGCUACAAUGUUCUCCACAAGACAAUUAAAUGGUACAAGACAUUGCUCUAUCACUUCAUUGACAUUGCUGUGGUGAAUGCAUUCAUCCUCCAGAAGGAAAUGGCUAAGAGCUGUGGGCAGACCCCCAUGACACAGCUAUCCUUCAGAGAGCUGCUCAUCCAGGAGCUUGCUGACUAUGGCACAAAGUCCACUGCAGCACCGUCUGUCCCCUCUUGUGUAGAGGACUGUGGGUGUUCUAAAUACUGUAAUUGUAAAUAGUGUGUAAAUAGUUAAUUUGUUCACUUUGUGUGUGGUUUGUGGUGUGUUCAGUAUGACAUUAGAUCAGUGUUGGCUGCUAACUUGGCCCUUAUCUUAAAUAGUUCACUUCUGUGUUGGGAGGUAUUGGAUCAGCAUUCUCGUCGCGUCUCCUGUUAGUACCUUUUAUGAAGGGAAGCUAAUGAUCCAUCAUGUGUGACAUUCCUGGGAGUGUGCAAACUUUAGUGUGUUAUUACCAUAGCAUUUUUGUAUGUUCUCAAUAGUUAUGUACUUGAAAAUGUAUCAAUUGACCAAUUCGGCCACAUGGAGGCCACUUGGGUACAUUUGGGCUAAUUCGUGAGGGACAGCUGGGAGUCUUGAUACAAAAUAUGAUGUUGUGUUGUCAUCCUUCAUUGUAUGUCUGAAACGUUGCACAGACACUGCUGCCCUCUUGUGGAAAACAUCUAAAUUACCUCCAGCUUCCUAUCUGAAUGUAUGGCCUUUCUUUUUCAUUUCAAAGAUGAUGCAAUAAAAAUAGAAAACUUUUUUUGUUUGUUUAAUCUUUUACCAGAUCUAUUGUGUUAUGUUCUCCUACAUUAAUUUCACAUUUCCACACACUUCAAAGUGUUUCCUUUCAAAUAGUAUCAAGAAUAUGCAUACAGUGAGGGAAAAAAAGUAUUUGAUCCCUGCUGAUUUUGUACGUUUGCCCACUGACAAAGACAUGAUCAGCCUAUAUUUUUAAUGGUAGGUUUAUUUGAACAGUGAGAGACAGAAUAACAACAACAAAAUCCAGAAAAACGCAUGUCAAAAAUGUUAUAAAUUGAUUUGUAUUUUAAUGAGGGAAAUAAGUAUUUGACCCCUCUGCAAAACAUGACUUAGUACAUGGAGGUGGAAACAUUAUACUUUGGGGGUGUUUUUCUGCUAAGGGGACAGGACGACUUCACUGCAUCAAAGGGAUGAUGGAUUGCCUUGUUGGCAAUCACAGAGGUCAGACGUUUCUUGUAGUUGGCCACCAGGUUUGCACACAUCUCAGGAGGGAUUUUGUCCCACUCCUCUUUGCAGAUCUUCUCCAAGUCAUUAAGGUUUCGAGGCUGACGUUUGGCAACUCGAACCUUCAGCUCCCUCCAAAGAGUUUCUAUGGGAUUAAGGUCUGGAGACUGGCUAGGCCACUCCAGGACCUUAAUGUGCUUAUUCUUGUGCCACUCCUUUGAUGCCUUGGCCGUGUGUUUUGGGUCAUUGUCAUGCUAGAAUACCCAUCCACGAUCCAUUUUCAAUGCCCUGGCUGAGGGAAGGAGGUUCUCUCCCAAAAUUUGACGGUACAUGGCCCCGUCCAUCGUCCCUGUGAUGCGGUGAAGUUGUCCUGUCCCCUUAGCAGAAAAACACAGCCAAAGCAUAAUGUUUCCACAUACAUGUUUGACAGUGGGGAUGGUGUUCUUGGGGUCAUAGGUAGCAUUCCUCCUUCUCCAAACACGGCGAGUUGAGUUGAUGUCAAAGACCUCGAUUUUGGUCUCAUAUGACCACAACACUUUCACCCAGUUCUCCUCUGAAUCAUUCAGAUGUUCAUUGGCAAUCUUCAGACGGGCCUGUAUAUGUGCUUUCUUGAGCAGGGGGACCUUGCGGGCGCUGCAGGAUUUCACGGCGUAGUGUGUUACCAAUUGUUUUCUUGGUGACUAUGGUCCCAGCUGCCUUGAGAUCGUUGACUAGAUCAUCCUGUGUAGUUCUGGGCUGAUUCCUCACCGUUCUCAUGAUCAUUGCAACUCCACUAGGUGAGAUCUUGCAUGGAGCCCCAGGCCGAGGGAGAUUGACAGUUCUUUUGUGUUUCUUCCAUUUGCAAAUAAUCGCACCAACUGUUGUCACCUUCUCACCAAGCUGCUUGGCGAUGGUCUUGUAGCCCAUUCCAGCCCAGUGUAGGUCUACAAUCUUGUCCCUGACAUCCUUGGAGAGCUCUUUGGUCUUGGCCAUGGUGGAGAGUUUGGAAUCUGAUUGAUUGAUUGCUUCUGUUGACAGGUGUCUUUUAUACAGGUAACAAGAUGAGAUUAGGAGCACUCCCUUUAAGAGUGUGCUCCUAAUCUCAGCUCGUUACCUGUAUAAAAUACACCUGGGAGCCAGAAAUCUUUCUGAUUGAGAGGGGGUCAAAUACUUAUUUCCCUCAUUAAAAUGCAAAUCAAUUUAUAAAUAUCAAUUUCUUCUGGAUUUUUGUGUUGUUAUUCUGUCUCUCACUGUUCAAAUAAACCUACCAUUAAAAUUAUAGACUGAUCAUUUCUUUGUCAGUGGGCAAACGUACAAAAUCAGCAGGGGAUCAAAUACUUUUUUCCCUCACUGUAUCCUUGCUUCAGGUCCUGAGCUACAGGCAGUAACAUUUGGGUAUGUCAUUUUAGGCGGAAAUUGAAAAGAAGGGUCUGCUCCUUAAGAGGUUAAAGGGUCUGAAUACUUAUAUAUAUGUGAUAUUUCAGUUUUUUUAUUUUUAUAAAUUUGCUAAAAUGUCUAAAAACCUGUUUCGGCUUUGUCAUUAUGGGGUAUUGUGUGCAGAUUGAUGAGGGGGAAAAAAACAAUUUAAAUCAUUUUAGAAUAAGGCUGUAAUGUACCAAAUGUGGAAAAAGUCAAAGGGUCUGAAUACUUUCCGAAUGCACUGUACUGUAUAUAGUAUCAAACUAAAACUAGUGGCUCAAGGUAUGAAAGUGCCAUUCAAAUCAGCUUCUCUAUUAAGGUUGUGAAAAUAUUAUCUUGCAACAGUGUUGCAUAACAAGCUAACAUAUGAUAUGUUAAACGGAUAAAAAGUUAAUGGACACUACUGCCGCGUUUUCCUGGGAAUAACUUAAUGUUCUAUAGGGCAAUGGUUUUACAAAUAUAGGAAUUGGUUAUUGUUAGCUAUAUAUCAGAUGUGUAGCACAAAUAAUGCUUUUUAUUUAUUUGAGAAACUGAAAAAUAUUGUAGUUCUCCAUAACACACUGAGCAUGAAGUUAACGACCUUGUUCUAACACGUGAAUGACUGCACUACUUCUGAAUACUUUGAAAGCAUAAAUGCACUUUUUAAUACCCUGCGAGGGUAUCAGGGUUGGGGUCAAUUCCAUUUCAAUUUAGUCAAUAUAGGAAGUCAACUGUAAUCCAAUUCCAAUCUUCCUUUUCCUUUCAUUGCUUUUCAAUGAGGAAAAACAUGGUAAAUACAUUUCAGUUGACUUCAGUUGACUUACUCAAUUGGCUGAACUGAAAUGGAAUUGACCCCAAACCUGGUGGCUCUAUGGCAGCGUACACAGAGCUCAUAACUAAGUUGUACCAUUCUCACCAGUAGUGGCUGGUGGCACUUUAAAUGGGAUAAUAAAUGGAAUGGUAUCCAAUUCCGUUCACCCCAUUCCAGCCAUUAUUAUGCAUCCUCCUCCCCUCACUAGCCUCCUAUCAUUCUCACCCUCUUCCCUUCUUCGUACCCCUCCUCAGGCCAGUAAACAGCUCCUAGAGAACUACCCCCUCUUCAUCACCAACAAGCAGUGGGACGAGGCUGUCAACUCGUCCAAGAAGGACGGCCGGCGGCUGCUGCGCUACCUGAUCCGCUUCAUCUUCACCACGGAUGAGCUCAAGUACUCAUGUGGCCUGGGCAAAAGGAAGCGCUCGGUUCACUCAGGAGAGCCUGGGCCGGAGAGACGGCCCCUCAACCCCGUCAAAGUCAACUGCCUCAGAGGUACUGCUGGCAUCUCUACUAAAGAGAUGUGUACUAGUUUACUCCAAUUAGGGAAGGGGUGGUGGGGUUGGAAAGUAAUAAAGGGAAAUAUAUUUAAAAAAAGGAAAUGUAUAUGUAUGUGUAUAUAUGUAUGUAUAUAUAUAUAUGUAUGUAUGUGUAUAUAUAUAUAUAUAUAUAUGUAUAUAUAUAUAUAUUUGCGAGAAAAAAAAACAUAUGGGGGAUUGGAAGUGAUGCAGACAAUUACACUGAUGGAAGUUACAAUCUAUCUGCAAUAUUAAAGCUGAGCUACCCCCUAAAAAAAAAAAAGAAGAAAAAAGAAAGAAAAGAGAUGUGUACUAAAGCAACAGGUAUGCUACAGAUAAAGGAUCUUAAUUUGAGCCAGUUUGCUACAGCAGGAAAAUAAUCCUGCAGCAACAGGAAAUGUGAAUUAUUAUGUGGAUUAUAAUUAAUGGAAAUUUUUGUAGGGGUUCAUCAAUUUUUCAUAAGGGAAAAUCAAAUCUGAAAUUUCAAAGUGGAAAUUACAAUCUUCAGAAGCCUUUUUAAACCUCAAAUACAGUACAAGUUUAAAAUGUCAUGCAUUGCAGGAAAGUUAUCCUGCAAGAGGGUGAUCAAAUUAAGAUCAUACAUCUGUAUUAACCCUAAAAGCCCCAACAGGUUGUUGUUUUUUUACCCCAGAUUGGUAAAGAUUGCAAAGAGACACUGUCUGUUAAGCAGUGACACUUUUUAUUUGAUUAACCUUUUGCUACAAAAUUAAAUGGUUUAAAUUCCCCCAGAAUAAGCAUAUAUACACUACCAGUCAAAAGUUUUAGAACACCUAAGCAUUCAAGGGUUUUUCUUUAUUUUUACUAUUUUCUACAUUGUAGAAAGACAUCAGAACUAUGAAAAUAUCACAUAUGGAAUCAUGUAGUAACCAAAAAAGUGUUAAACAAAUCAAAAUAUAUUUUAUAUUUGAGAUUCUUCAAAUAGCCACCCUUUGCCUUGAUGGCAGCUUUGCACACUCUUGGCAUUAUCUCAACCAGCUUCAUGAGGUAGUCACCUGGAAUGCAUUUCAAUUAACAGGUGUGCCUUCUUAAAAGAUAAUUUGUGGAAUUUCUUUCCUUCUUAAUGUGUUUGAGCCAAUCAGUUGUGUUGUGACAGGGUGGGGGGGUAUGCAGAAUAUAGCUCUAAUAAGCAAAGAGAAACAACAGCCCAUCAUUACUUUAAGAACUUUGAAAGUUUCUUCAAGUGCAGUUGCAAAAACCAUCAAGCGCUAGGAUGAAACUGGCUCUCAUGAGGACUGCCACAGGAAUGGAAGACCCAGAGUUACCUCGGCUGCAGAGGAUAAGUUCAUUAGAGUUACCAGCCUCAGACAUUGCAGCCCAAAAAAUGCUUCACAGAGUUCAAGUAACAGACACAUCUCAACAUCAACUGUUCAGAGGAGACUGUGUGAAUCAGGCCUUCAUGGUCGAAUUGCUGCAAAGAAACCACUACUAAAGUUCACCAAUAAGAAGAAGAGACUUGCUUGGGCCAAGAAACACAAGCAAUGGACAUUACACUGGUGGAAAUGUGUCCUUUGGUCUGAUGUCCAAAUUGGAGAUUUUUGGUUCCAACCGGCGUGUCUUUGUGAGACGUGGUGUGGGUGAACGGAUGAUAUCCGCAUGUGUAUUUCCGGCCGUAAAGCAUGGAGGUGGAGGUGUUAUGGUGUGGGGGUGCUUUGCUGGUGACACUGUCUGUGAUUUAUUUAGAAUUCAAGGCACACUUAAUCAGCAUGGCUACCACAGCAUUCUGCAGCGAUACGCCAUCCCUUCUGGUUUGGGCUUAGUGGGACUAUCAUUUGUUUUUCAACAGGAAAAUGACCCAACACACCUCCAGGCUGUGUAAGGGCUAUUUUACCAAGAAGGAGAGUGAUGGAGUGCUGCAUCAGACUACCUGGCCUCCACAAUCCCCCGACCUCAACCAAAUUGAGAUGGUUUGGGAUGAGUCGGACAGGAGAGUGAAGGAAAAGCAGCCAACAAGUGCUCAGCAUAUGUGGGAACUCCUUCAAGACUGUUGGAAAAGCAUUCCAGGUGAAGCUGGUUGAGAGAAUGCCAAGAGUGUGCAAAGCUGUCAUCAAGGCAAAGGGUGUCUAUUUGAAGAAUCUCAAAUAUAAAAUAGAUUUUGAUUUGUUUAACACUUUUUUGGUUACUACAUGAUUCCAUAAUGGUUAUUUCAUAGUUUUGAUGUCUUCACUAUUAUUCUACAGUGUAGAAAAUAGUAAAAAUAAAGAAAAAACGUUGAAUGAGUAGGUGUUCUAAAACCUUUGACCGGUAGUGUAUAUAUAUUUUACUUGUUAUGAACAUUUGUCUGUUAUUACAGUUUUUCUCCAUUGGUUUGGCUCAUUUCUUGAAACAGAAAUUACAUUCUCAAAACUCUAAGAUCAUUUGGCAAAACAGUCUUACAGUUCAGCACAACACUAUAGCUCACUUGCAAAAGCUCAUAUCUCUCCUAAAACUGUUCACUCAUGCUUCAAAACUAAAUUCCUUUCCCAUAUAAGGAGUCAGUGCCACGAAAAUGGCAAAGAUCCUUCUCAAUUGCUUUGGCUCAUUUCUUGAAACAGACCGGACGUUCUCAACACUCUUGGUGCUUUAGCCAAAAUAACGUGGAUGGUUCGGCACAACACCAUGGUUCACCUGCAAAAGCUCAUACCUCUCCCAAAACAGUUCACGCAUGUGUCAAAACUAAAUUUCCUUCUCAUUUAAACAGUCAGUGCCCCCAAAAUGCUUCGUCCCUUUGGCAUUGUGUAAGCACUGCAAGUCAAAAUGUUUAGAUGUUUUGUCACUAUGGCAGAGGACCAUUGAAAUAUCCCUCAUGUCCACCUUUCAGUCUUAGCCCAGUCCUUCAUUGACAAUGGUUACUGUACUGUUUUUUGUCUAGCUAACAGAAUACAAUUGUGUAUAAAACUGAAAAAAAUAAAUAGGAUUUUAGGGUAAGAGUAGCCUCCAAGGUUUGACAUCACACAUUGCACUCAUACUGCCAAGGAAAUUGUAACCAUUAUCAUUCACACACAUAAAGUAACUUCCAUACAUCAGAGUAAAAAGAAAAUGUAUACAGCAUAAUAUACUGUAAUAUAAACACACAAACAAAAAACAAUGAAAAUUAUAUGCAGCCUACAGUGCUGUAAAUAAAGCUGGAGUUUCACAACUAACAGUUCUUCACUGGUCGCUGUCCUCACCCUCCUGGCCAUCCACACGCUGCUGUCUGUCUGGCCACAGAUUCUCGUCCACAUCACAGCGUAUAUUCUCCCUUGCGAUGCAACGAGGGAAGAAACGGCGUGCAUGUCGCAACCAUCCCCUACACUGAUCUGCUGUAAUAUCCUCACACGCAGCGUCCAUUGCAUGGAGCAGGGACCUCUGAUCUUGAGCCCGAUGCUCAUACACUCUCCACCUCCAAGCGGAGAAAUACUCCUCAAUAGGAUUGAGGAAAGGAGAGUAAGGUGGUAGGAACACCAUGACCAUCCUUGGAUGAGUAGUGAACCAGGCCCUGAUGAGCGGGCCACGGUGGAAAUUCACAUUGUCCCAUACAAUGACAUAUUGUGGUAGGUGAGGCCCUACGAGACCGCUCUCAUUUUCAGGGAUCAAAUCAACAUGAAGGCGGUCCAAGAAGAUGAGGAGCUUCUGUGUAUUGUAUGGGCCAAGACUGGGGAUGUGAGUGGCCACACCAUUCUCCGAUAUGGCAGCACACAUAGUUAUAUUGCCCCCUCGCUGGCCUGGGACAUCCACCAUGGCCCGGUGGCCAAUAAUAUUACGGCCACGUCUUCGGCCCUUGGCCAGGUUGAAGCCAGCUUCAUCCACAAACACGAGGAUGUGAUGGGUCUCGUUUCCUUCCAAUGCCAUUAUUCUCUACAAUAGCGUAAAAAAAGAAAACAUCAAAUCAGUCAUACAGAAGAGUCAUACACUACAGUUACAGACAAUUACAUAGGAAUGUUCUAUGUUCUCCACAAGUUCAAUAUACUACUGGCCACUACUCCAGUGGUUCCAAACCUGGGGUACAUGUACCCCUAUGCAGAGGUACUACAGGGGGUAUUUGACAGAAAGGGGAGGGGGGAAAUCAUCAAUGACUAGACUUACUGAAAUGUUACAGUAAAACCCACAGUAUUAGAUAGAUUUACAUGGGAGGCACUAAUUGCAGCUCUUUGACCCCUUUUGUUAUUGUAUGUUAUAUUCUUCAAAAUAAGGAUUAUAAUGAUAAUUGCAUCAUACAGUAAGCUGCAGUUUUUAGGCGAAAUGUUGAAGUCAGAUAAAUCAAAUACUUCCAUACCUGGAUUACCUGGAUACACAAAUCAGGUAAAGUGGGUACUGAAGCCAAAAAAGUUUGGGAACCACUGCUUAAUUGUAAAAAUGUUAUAAUGAUGGACAACCAGUAACUGACUUACAUGUACAUACUGGUACCGCAGCUCUUUCACUCUAUCAGAGUUCCUCUCAAAUGGUACCCUGUAAAUUUGCUUCAUUGUCAUCUGAUGCUUCUUCAAUAUCCGGUCUAUUGUGGAGAUGCUUAUAGAGUUGACAUUUUGGAAUAUGGCAUUGUCUUGUAGGAUUGCAGCGCGGAUCUGUCUCAAUGUGAUGGCAUUAUUUGCCAUCACCAUGUUACAGAUCUCUUGUUCUUGUUGUUCAUUGAGAAGUUUUCCUCUGCCACCUGUGCAAGGUUGUCGUCCAAUCCUAGAUAUAGAAGUCAAAGGACAACACUCCAUUCGUAAUGUAUACCUUAUGUAUUCCUUACAGAAUGAGUUACCUAUGUAAUUGUAUUGUUGUUUUACUUACAGUAACUUUACCACAAUUCUAAUGCAUCACUGCACAGUGACUGGAAUACUACUGUAAACUGUAUCAUCAAUACUGUAGAAAAUAAACUAUUCCAUAGUUUAUUUUCUCCAAUGUUUUUCUUGUCAUUUUUAGUAUCAUAACAUCCCAUUGAGGUAAGAUAUUACUGUAGGCCUAUCACACACACACACUAAAUGAAUAGGUAAAUAUGUAAAUAAAUAUAUUUCUUGCUCUAUGCACAGUGUCCUGUCCUAUACAACAUAUAAUUCCAUCAUUGACUGACUACAUACCUGUUUUCCCUGCGAAAGGUUUGGAUGAUGGAGGAGACUGUUGAGCGAGGCACAUUAGGCUGCACUCGGCGACCUGCCUCCGCCAUUGUGAGGCCAUGGUUGAUGACAUGGUCUAUAAUUGUGGCCCGAAUUUCAUCCGGGACAGCAUGGUGUCUUCGUGCUCCUCGGCCUCUUCCCCCUAUUCCACCACCACGCACCCUUACUCCUCCUCCUCCUCUUCUUCUUCCUCUUCCUCGAGCAGGCAGUUGCCCUUGUUCAUUUACUUGGCCAGGUGCCUCCAUGUUCAGAAAUUGUACUGGUCCUGCAUGGUCAAGCUCUUUACAUACAUGUUUGGCAGCAUUCACAGUCAUGGACAGCACCUGUCAGGUAACUAAACAUACUGUUUGAUUGGUCAUCUGAGAUGUGUGAAACUCCUCCUUCGUUAGUCAAGUUCUAGUUUCACCUGACUGUCAAUUGCUGUAAUAAAUUUAUCAAAUGUUCCAAGGGAUUCAUAUAUGGUAUUCAUGGUAUUAUGUUCUUGACUAAUUUUGACAAUUGAACAGACUAUUGUGCAUGUGAUGACUUAUACAAUGAAAUGACGCUGACACGUUUUGGAGCGAACAACCAUUAGACUGAGAAUCAACAAUCAGUUUAGAUCAACAAGAUCUAUUCACUUGGAAAUUGUGCUAAAUGUAGGCUACCUGUACUUAAUCAUUUGCAAAGAUGUACUGAGACAUUGAGACAUGUACUUAGACAUUUGCAAUUUGAUGAAAUGAAUGACAAAUUCAAUUCUGUUGUGAACAAUUGCCAAGUGGUUUGGAGGUUUGUCCAUGUAGUUUUGAGAAUGUAAUUUCUGUUUCAAGAAAUGAGCCAAACCAAUGGAGAAAAACUGUAAUUCAAAGUUUUUUUUUUCUGUGAUACUCAGAGGCUGAGAAACUGGCAAUUGAGCUAAUCUGACAUACUGGUACGACCUAAGAAGGCCACCGAUAUGGAUGAUAUAGGCAGAGAUUGUGGAUAUAAUGACGAAAUGCUUGUGUCUCCGCCCUAACAAUGGCAGUCGUUGUCCACAAUGGUGGAAGGCAGGCAGGAGGAGGCAAGAUCAGGUGGGAACAUUCUAGCCAAUGAGAGGGCAGAUACGCGUGUGAACAACAGACACAACUCUGAUAUAAAAUAUAUAAUUUUGAGUUACAAGCUUAGUAUACACCACUAGCAUACAAAAGAGAGAUUAUUUUUCAUUCCUCCACAUUAAAACAGAAAUUAUGGUAAAUGUUGUUUUUUUUGUUGGUCAGAAGGAUAACAAAAAGGGGUUCGGAAUUAUGACAUUUUUGACCCCUUGGGAUGCUUUUAGGGUUAAAGAGCAGGGUUAAAAAACAACUGGUAUGCUACUGAAGGUACAGUAUAUCUACUACAGCAACAUGAACACUCCCAAAGAAAUGUGUGAACAGAUGUCUUCAAAAUCUAAUUGUUUGCAGUGAUGAUUAUUCAUAAAAAACAUUUGUUUUUCUAAUCAUAACAGAUAUUUACUUGUCUCCGUUUUACUCCUCAGAGUUUAUCCGAAUGCACUGUGCCUCCAACCCUGACUGGUGGAUGCCUUCCGAGGAGCAGAUCAACAAAGUGUUUAGUGAUGCUGUGGGCCAUGCGCGCCAAGGUCGGUCCGUGGGCACCUUCCUGGGCAGCAGUGGCAGCAGCACUAGCAGUCUUUACAUGGAGGCUUACGACGGGCACCUGUCACAGGAUGAAGUGUAUCUAAAGGGGUCUCACAAUGGCCUGGGUGAUUGAAGGGAGAAGGAACGAAGCAUGGCUGGGAUUCAAUCCAAGGCGAGUUA